AUGGCCAUCCUUUUCGCAGUUGUGGCCAGAGGCACGACCAUCCUAGCCAAGCAUGCUUGGUGUGGCGGAAACUUCCUGGAGGUGACAGAGCAGAUUCUGGCUAAAAUACCAUCUGAGAAUAACAAGCUCACCUAUUCACAUGGAAACUAUCUCUUUCACUACAUCUGUCAAGACAGGAUUGUAUAUCUCUGUAUCACAGAUGAUGAUUUCGAACGUUCCCGAGCCUUCAGCUUUCUGAAUGAAAUCAAGAAGAGAUUCCAGACUACGUAUGGUUCAAGAGCGCAAACAGCCCUUCCAUACGCCAUGAACAGUGAGUUCUCCAGUGUUCUGGCUGCCCAACUGAAACAUCACUCUGAGAACAAACAUGUGGACAAAGUCAUGGAAACUCAAGCCCAAGUGGACGAAUUGAAGGGAAUCAUGGUCCGGAACAUCGAUCUGGUGGCCCAACGAGGAGAAAGACUGGAGUUACUAAUAGAUAAAACAGAACAUCUCGUAGAUUCAUCGGUCACCUUCAAAACUACUAGCAGGAACCUUGCCAGAGCCAUGUGUAUGAAGAACCUCAAGCUCACCGUCAUCAUCAUCAUAGCAGCCAUGAUCUUUAUCUAUAUUGUCGUCUCCGUGGCCUGUGGUGGCCUUACCUGGCCGAGCUGUGUGGCUAAAUAAAUUCAGAAAACAAUCUUAAGCCGAGAAUCCGAGGGAGCAAGGAUUUAAGAAGCCACCCAAGUAGCUUCCUCCUGACCGCUACUGCCCACCCCUUCCUUCCGCCUUCCCUCCGUCGUUCCCAGAUCGCACUUUUCUUUGUGUCUCCUGGUGUCCCCCAAAUGGAGCCAUCCAGCCCCUGCUUCUGCACCACUGCCGCCUUGCUUGGAAAGGAACUCGUCACUUUGAACUCUUCGCUGUCACCCACAUGGAGCCGCCCAGCUCGCCAGCUGUCGUUGGGAAUAAAGAGGGCCUACGUAUCGUAUCCGUGUGGCCGGAUACACCGAAGCAUUUGCACUUUAAUGGAAUCCAAGUGAUGCAUCACAGCCUCACUCCGAGGAGAGCUCCUCCGGGGGGAGGGGGGCAGAAUGCCAGGAUCGGCGCCAUCGGUCCAUUCACACAGAGCCCGCUCCAGACCCUUUGUUGCUGACCCCGUGGGAAUCAGACCAGUGACUAAUGGAAGGCCCCUCUUGGAAUUCUUGGGUCCAUUUGUCCCAUGUGGUACUUGGCGGUGGCCAGUUCAGAAAAAUGGACCAAACUGUUCCUCUGCCUCUCUGUUGCAAUUGAGUCAAAGCGGUGAUGUCCAAAGCGGGACGCUGUAGCCACUUUCCCCGUCUGUAUGUUGUAAUACGUUGGUCCUCUGGGUGGGGAGGGGCCCUUCCCAAAGCUUCGGGUAAGUGCGUUACAGGAAGAGGCUCUCCACGGAAUGGCUUGACUUGGAAACGAUUUAGGCAGAAGCCGGGACAUCUUUCCUUAUGGGGCUUCCUAGUCGUGCCCCAGAGCCGGCGUGGUGGCUGGGAGGCUCUCUCUCACCAUCCCCUGCACGGGGUUGGAGCACUGCUGAGCACGUUGGGACAAAAGGGUCACCCACAAAGCACAUUUUGUUGAGAAAACACACGGCCUUCCUUAGGACACUUGCCCAGGAGGGGGGAUGCUGAAAAAAAGCAUUUGCCUAGAGCCAAGCUGGAAAGGGAGCAAAUAGUGGGGUGCAUCAAAGGAGCAGGAAGCAGUGGCCAGCUCGAGACCGUGUAGUCUAGGAGACAUACCUGGUAUCAAGGAAAUGGGUAUGUCCGUGUCUUAAAGGGAGUCAGAAGUCGGUCCGUAUUUCUUUUUCAGGAAGUGCCCUUCAGUGAAGUUCUAGGAAGUUCUGAGCCCUUCGUCCACUGAAAAAUCCAUGUCCCGCCCCUUCUCUUUAGAUUGCAGCUUCUCUUUAAUUCGCCCAGCCAUGUGCCUUGACUAAUGUACGCAUCACGUCAUGUGGCUCCCGGUGCCUGCCCUUCUCAGUGCAUUCCAUGACUCACACUGUUUUCUUGGUUCCUUCUCCUUCCCCCCCUUUCCCUUGACCCGAAGUCCACAGCGAAAGUAUUAUCGUCUCCCCCGUGCUAUGGAUGCCCGUCCGUCAGGCCCGGCCCAGGGCCAUUCGGAAAUCUUUGGGGGGUUUUCUAUUACUGGUCCAGACCACAAUUGUGCAUCCUCGGGUACCAACCACCAAAAUAGCUUUACUCAGAAGCAAAUGGCUUCCAAGUCCAAUUCCCUUUUGUGUCCACACUUGCACCUAACUGUGCAUGUUUCAGGAAUUGACUUCGCUCUUGAUCCCGUGUAUAAAACCACUUUAACAACGAUGCCCUUGUCUUAAAUUAGAAUGCGUUCGUUGAUGGCUCUUGAAAUAAAACAGCGCAGAAACGUGA